CGGUGCUUUAUGGCAGUGUGGCUGGACCGCUUCUGAGCGGCCAGUGGUUUGGGUGUGAGUGGAGGGAAGAAGGGUGCCCGGUAUUGACUGGGCCAGGAACAUGGACGUGGGCGAACUUCUAAGCUACCAGCCCAACAGAGGCACAAAGCGUCCCCGAGACGAGGAGGAAGAGGAGCAGAAAACACGUCGGAAACAAGCUGGUCCUCGAGAACGGGGCCGCUAUCGGGAGGAGGAAGUGACUGUGGCUGAAGAAGCAGAUGAUGACAAAAAGAGGCUGCUCCAGAUUAUUGACAGAGAAGGCGAGGAGGAAGAGGAAGAGGAGGAACCAUUGGAUGAAAGCUCAGUGAAGAAAAUGAUCCUCACAUUUGAAAAGAGAUCAUAUAAAAAUCAAGAGUUGCGAAUCAAGUUUCCAGACAAUCCAGAGAAGUUCAUGGAAUCCGAGCUGGACCUAAAUGACAUCAUUCAGGAGAUGCACGUAGUGGCCACCAUGCCAGACCUGUACCACCUUCUGGUGGAGCUGAACGCCGUGCAGUCACUUCUCGGGUUGCUGGGACACGAUAAUACAGAUGUGUCCAUAGCUGUGGUUGACUUACUUCAGGAACUAACAGAUAUAGACACCCUCCAUGAGAGUGAAGAGGGAGCAGAAGUUCUCAUCGAUGCUCUGGUGGACGGGCAGGUGGUAGCGCUGCUGGUGCAGAAUCUGGAGCGCCUGGAUGAGUCUGUGCGAGAGGAGGCGGAUGGCGUCCACAACACUCUGGCUAUUGUGGAAAACAUGGCUGAGUUCCGGCCUGAGAUGUGUACAGAGGCUGCCCAGCAGGGACUCCUGCAGUGGCUGCUGAAGAGGCUGAAGGCAAAGAUGCCUUUUGAUGCCAACAAACUGUAUUGCAGUGAAGUACUGGCCAUCCUGCUCCAGGACAAUGAUGAAAACAGGGAAUUGCUUGGGGAGCUGGAUGGAAUCGAUGUGCUUCUUCAGCAGUUAUCUGUGUUUAAAAGGCACAAUCCUAGCACAGCUGAGGAACAGGAGAUGAUGGAGAAUCUGUUUGAUUCACUCUGUUCUUGCCUGAUGCUCAGUUCCAAUCGUGAGCGCUUCCUAAAGGGUGAGGGCCUUCAACUGAUGAAUCUCAUGCUCAGGGAAAAGAAGAUUUCCCGGAGCAGUGCUCUGAAAGUGUUGGACCAUGCCAUGAUUGGACCAGAGGGCACAGACAAUUGCCAUAAGUUCGUUGACAUUCUUGGCUUGCGAACCAUCUUUCCUCUCUUUAUGAAAUCUCCCAGGAAGAUCAAGAGAGUGGGAACUACUGAGAAGGAGCACGAAGAGCAUGUCUGUUCGAUCCUGGCUUCCCUCCUGCGCAACCUAAGAGGGCAGCAGCGAACCCGGCUUCUGAAUAAGUUCACUGAAAAUGACAGUGAGAAGGUUGACAGACUCAUGGAGUUGCAUUUUAAAUAUCUGGGUGCAAUGCAGGUGGCUGACAAGAAGAUCGAAGGGGAAAAACAUGACAUAGUCCGGCGUGGAGAGAUCAUAGACAACGAGUUGGAGGAUGAGUUCUACCUCCGGCGCCUUGAUGCGGGGCUCUUCGUUCUUCAGCACAUCUGCUACAUCAUGGCGGAGAUCUGCAAUGCCAAUGUCCCCCAGAUUCGCCAGAGAGUUCAUCAGAUCCUAAACAUGCGCGGAAGCUCCAUCAAAAUCGUCAGGCAUAUCAUCAAGGCCCUGCCCUGACUCACCAGAGGAAGCUGGAGCCUUUGCAGAGUGGCUGCCUCUGAGUUCAGCCCCUGAACACAGCACAGUAAGGACCCUCAGUGUCAAGGUCAGAGGGGCGAGGCUGGAGUGGGGUUGGAGCUGGGCUCUGCAGCUCCUCUUCCAAGCCCAUCUGCUCCUUCCCCUCCCCCACCCUUCCUUCCAUCAAAAAGUCUGAAAGAAACAAAGCCUCAUAAAACAACUAGCUCAUCAGCCU